GCUCUAGGACGGGAUGGAGCUGCCGCUGGGCUGGGAGUUCGAGGAGGCCGUGUUCUCCCAGAGCAGGGAGCGGGGAGCGGGCGGCGGCGCCGGGGUGCCCUACAGCGCCAAGCGCUGCGAGCCCCGGUGGUUCUGCGGUGAGACGAGCAGCGAGGAGGACGCCGAAGUACUGACGGCCCAUAAGUUCCGGGCUGACCUGGCCUACAGGGAACGGGAGUUUGAGAAAGCUCUGUGUGAAUACUCAAACUGCUUACAGCGCUUGCCUCCCAGUAACAUUGCCAUGAGGCGGGACGUCCAGGAGGGCCAGGCUCGCUGUUUGUCUCAACUAGGAAGGCACAAGGAAGCUCUGGAUAUUGCAGAAAGAAUGAGAAGCGGUGCUACGAACACGGAUCACUUAACAACUGCUCUCAACCUGCAGUUUGCCAUUUAUCGGGAUCUGGAAAACGUAGAAAAAAAGAUCGUGUGUCUGCAGCAGCUGAUCUGCCUACAUCCCUUCAACCCUUGGUACUGGAAGUCACUUGCUGAAGAUUAUACGGACCUUUUGCAGAGCUUGUCUCCAUUAUGCAUUCCAGAAACAAACCUAAAUCAGUCCGAAGAGGUUAGCGAUGGUAGUUUCAAAAUGGCAGCUGGAGGAGAGAUUAAUUUCCAGCCUCACAGAUCAGACUGCCGGAGGGAAGGCCCCCGGUCCAGCCCUGCUGCAGAAAGAAAGAGCGAGAGUGCAGCAACCUGCAGCAGCAGCCAAGCUGUAACAGAAAUGCUCUGCACUUCAGACAACGCUGGAAGGAAGGCUGAAGGGAAACAGGCAGCCUGCGAGUCCUGGGAGCCGGGCAUGGCAAAGGAUGUUGGCGUAAAGGCAUGCGCCUCGUUUGUUAGAGCAAGGCUUUUACUUCAGCUUACUCAGCUACAACAGGCAUCCUUUGCUCUCGAGAAUAACAUAAAAUGUCAGAAAGAAAUUGAUGACAAAGUGGCACAGUUUGGUUUAAAUGAAAACUCCUUGCUGCAGGUGACGAAGGUGAUGGGAGCAGAUCUUACACCAGAAAAACUAAAAGAGGAAUUUCAGGGCGAGGUAAAGUGCAUAGGCUCUUCAGCACUGUCAUCACUGGUAACUGCAUCGGCCUCAGAAUUUGAAAUCAAAUGGUUUGAUAUACUCCGAAAUGAUUUAUGCCUCUUGGACAGGCAGUUCUCUUCAGAUAUGCACAUCCCACCUCUGGCAACGUAGGGCUGUUGUACUUCUUGUCAUGGCUUCAGAGGAUUAUGGAGUGAUGCAUGCAAAAAGUUCAUGUUGUAUUUUUUUACGUUUUCUUAUAGUAUGUAUUUCAAGAAAGUAAAUCUGCAUUUGAAGUC